AUGGACUCUCUUCUCCUCGAGAUCCGGGAAGUGCUCGCGGAAGCGUCGCCGGCGCGCAAGGAGCUCCAGCGCGUCUGCAAGCUGCUGCAGGCCGAGGGCGAGGCCGUGAAAUGUAACGCGAAGAGCGUCGUCUUGGUCGAGGCGCUCCAAACGUUUCUCCAGAAGCACGCCGCGCCGGAACCCGUCGCGGCGCCGGAACCCGUCGCGGCGCCGGAACCCGUCGCGGCGCCGGAACCCGUCGCGCCGCCGCCGCCGGUCGCCGCGCCGGUCUUCGCCGCGCCGCCGCCGGCCGUCGUCGCGCCGCCGCAGCCGGUCUUCGUCGCGCCGCCGGUCGUCGUCGCGCCGCCGCUGCCGAUCUUCGUCGCGCCGCCGGUCGCGCCGCCGCCCGUCGCCGCGCCGCCGCCGCUGUCGUCGUUCUCCUUCGCGCCUGCGCCACUCGCGCCGCCGCUGGCGCCGCCCGCGCGCCGGCGGUCCAUCUCGGCCGAGGACAUGGACGCGACGACGGCCAAGGUCGCCGAGGCCGUCGCCGUGGCCAAGACGACGCGGCGGCUGUCGCUCGAGCGCCGCGAGUCGCUCGACGCGCGGCGCGCGGCGACGGCGGCCGCGCGGGGCCUCGCGUCGGCGAAGAAGGCGGCGGCGCACAACAAGGCCCGGUCGACGGCGGCCAUGGCGGGCCACGCGACGACGCAGUCCGCGAAGCACCGCGCGGGCGCGGGCUCCGUGCAGCGGCCGACGGCGCCGGGCGCCGCCAAGCCCGAGGCACCCGCGGCCCCCGCGGCCGUGGCCCCCGCGCCGGUCCCGGCGCCCGCCGCGGCGAAGCGCGGGCCCACGCGCUUCGCGCCCUUCAACCUCUCGUCUUCGAACCGGACGAACCGCGAGGAGCCCGCCGAGGCGGCGCCCAAGCCCGCCUGGGACUCGUCCGUGGGCCCCACGGACCCGGGCAAGCGCUACAACUGCAAGCUCGACGCGCCCAAGAGCGCGGCCAAGUCCAAGGAGGCGCGCCGCGACGUCGCCAAGUCCGCGAGCAAGGCCGCGCGCGCGGAGGCCAUGGCGAACCGCCGCGCCUAG